AAAUAUUUAUGUGAAAUAAAUAACCUCUAGCUUAAUUUUAAUUUACUCAUUUUCAACUAUGGCUCUCUUAGGAGCUCAGUUAGUUAUCACACUUAUUAUGGUCAGUGUCAUUCAAAAAUUAACUCCACAUUUUUCUUUAGCAAGAUGGAUUUUAUGUUCUACUGGAUUGACACGUUAUUUAUAUCCAACUGAUCAGCAACUUAGAAUCCUUGCUGGUGUACCAAAAGAAAAAUCUAAGAAAGGCAAAUAUACAGAAAAUGGAAAAGUUAAAGAAGUUUUUCAUGUUCCUAGAAAUUUAGAUAUUACGCUUGAGAAUACUAAAAUAACUAUAUUAGAUGUAGUGCAUUUAAAAUAUUAUACAGAAUAUCAGUGGUUAUUGGAUUUUUCUAUUUAUGCUAUUGCAGUUUAUGUUAUAACAGAGAUAUAUAAUUACUUAUAUCCAAUCAAAGAUGAAAUUAAUUUAAGUAUGCUUUGGUGCUUAUUAGUUUUGGGUUUUGCAUUCAAAGUAUUACUUUCCUUGUGGAUACAAUAUUUUAAAGGAGAAGAAAGCAUAGGUGAAAGAUCUACAUGUAUUGUAACUGGAUUUGCUUAUCUUCUUAUAGCUAUGACAAUUUUUAUUGUUGAUGAAAAUAAUCUUGAAAUUGGAUUAGAUAAAGCUUAUGCAAGUUUCAAUCAUAGUGCAUCUCUUUUUCUAAAUAAUCAAGGUCUUUCUUCUACAGGACCUGCAUCAAAAAUUAUAGUAAAAUUCUUCCUUGCUUUGUGCUGUGGUUUACUUGGUUCCUUAUUUACUUUCCCAGGUUUAAGAAUGUCAAAAAUGCAUUGGGAUAUAUUAAGAUAUUAUAAAGAUCAAAAAUUAUUAUUAUUAAUAGCAAACAUCAGUUAUGCUUCUCCACUUUUAUUAAUAAGCUUAUGGAUUAAACCUAUAAGCAGAGAUUAUCUCACUAUUCGAAUAUUUAGUGGUAUGAGUGGACCAUUGAUGACAACUUCAACUUUUGAGAGUAUGAGAUUAAUUGCAAUUAUUGUUGCAGUUUUAUUAAAAUUUUUAUUAAUGCCAAUUUAUUUACAAUCAUAUCUCAAUUUAGCUAUGCAAAAAUUAGAAAAUCAAAAAAAAGAAGCUGGUAGAAUUACAAAUAUAGAUUUACAGAAAAAGAUUGCUGCAGUAUUUUAUUAUUUAUGCGUUGUAGCUUUACAAUUUAUCGUUCCGAUAAUUAUAUGUUUAUUUUUUACAUUCAUGUAUAAAACUCUAGGUGGUUAUACAUGGGAAGGACUUUUAAAAGCACCAUCACUUGAAGAAUGCCCAGCUGAUGAACUAUCAAAAUUUAUAUCAGAUGUAAUAAGUGAUUAUGAUAACGAAAAAAUUGUUGUGCAAGCAACACAAGAUUUUCAACUUACUCUAAGUUCCUUAAAACAGAUAUUUACUGUGGAUGUCUAUAGAGGAUUAUUAGGUUUAGCAACAUGGUGGAGUUGUUUUUCAUUAUUUGCAACUACCGCUAUGGGUAUGUUUUAUCAAUCAUAUUUCUCUAACAUGUAAAACAAUAUAUUAUAAAAGAGAAUGACUUCGCACAAAUUUAUGUCAUGAUUAAUUUAUCAAUACUAAAAUCAUUGAAAUAUUUAUAAAUAUAAUGAUGUAUUUUGAAAAAUAUACCUAUUUAAGGUAUGUACAAUAUUGGUUGUUUAAUGGAAAGGAAUUAAUACCAUUAUCAAAAAUUUUAUAAUAUGCAUAGCAAUAAAAAUGUUAUUAUUAUAACAUG